CGGUGUGGAUAGAGAAACCUAGGCCGAUCACCACAUCACCUAGUACCGGACAUAUGUUUUCCUUUGCCUGUGGAGCGGUAGCGAUUCCUGUCCCAGACAUCGUGUGGUAUAUCAACACGGAGCCUACUACUGCCUUCAUACCUUCAAACGGCAAUCUUAUGUUAUUUCGAGUAAACCAUACACAAAGCGACGACAUGGUCCGUAGUGUACUGUCUGUUAAAGCUAGCAUCUCCUUCUCCAUCAAAUGUACUUGUGAAAACUAUCACAGCAGUAUCUCGGCCUACUCGUACCUAUAUAUCACAGGAAAUGUUACGUAUCCCUCAACUACUGUUGCCAAUGUUACAUCAACUACCUCAUCAACCCCGGAAUCAACCAUGAGAUUAACUCAACCAUCGAAUCAGGUACCUACAAUCAUAUCCACGUUGCCCUGGACUCCAGAACCCAACACCAAAUCCUCAUCGCCCUGGACUCAGACACUAACUUUUAAACCAACUCCUAUGACUACUCCUUAACCAACACCAGUAACAACUCCAGUACCAAACACAGUAUCACAGAGAUCCAACACCGCCGUGAUAGGAGGGGCUGUGGGAGGCGGUAUCGCUGUAACACCGCCGUGAUAGGAGGGGCUGUGGGAGGCGGUAUCGCUGUAAUCAUCGCCGUAAUCGUCGUUGUCUAUUGUAUUUCAUCUAAACGAAGAAAAAACAUGGACUCUGUUCCUAAAUCCGAUCCUAGGAUGGGAUAUGGUAAUAAAGGCUACAGUAACGUAGAAAUGGACCGCGUUGGAAAACUCGAUAAGAAUGGACAUCAAAAGCAAAACACCAAGGAUAAGAGGGAAGUGUAUUCUGGGCUAACGUUUGAGAGGGAGAACCAGAAGGGGAACGUUUAUGAACAACUCGGUAACACAAAAAAUCCCGAUAAAACCGUGGAAAACAAGUAUGAGGAGACUGAGUAUAGCUACAUCAGUGAUGUAGACUUUGCGGAGGCUCAGAAACAGUCCCAAUCCCCUACUCCUGCUGCCAAACCUGUUCCGGCCUCGCCUACAGAGGUUCCUCAGGAAGGGAUGCCAAAUUUAAUAAAGACAAAUCCAAAAGUGCUUGCUAAAGUUGAACCCCGAACUUACAUGAGUUCGAACACAAAACCUCUUCCAAAGGCGCCAACAUCAAAUAGCCCGUCGUACGAUAAAAUGGGUCGGUUUGGCAGUGGCAAGUACUCGGCGAUAGGUAAUCCAGCAUAUAGCAGUGAUGUCAAACAGCUCAGUCUUCAAAACCAGGCCAUGUCUGACACUUACGAGGAACCUGUCACAGUUCAAAUGUCCACGCCGCGCAAGGGAGCUGUGGAAACCCCAGAUGACGGGUACUUCAAACUGGAACCAAUGCAUAGGAAGUGAUGAAUAACUGAACAGUGUAUCUGCAGGUCCUGUUGUUAACAUGCAUUGUUUUCAAUACUUAAAAAUACAUAAACCACAUACAUAUAAUACAUUAAAUGCCCAGCCUUAGACUUAUGAAACACUAAAAACAUUAACAUUUGCAAUAUUAUGCAUAAAACCCACAUGCCUUUCACAGGUCAUUACAUAAUAUUUGUACAGAAAUAGCAUUAUUAAUCUGUUUUUAUAUGUCACUCUAUAUAAGGUUCUACACAUGUUUAGAGUAUUAAAAAGAUUUAUACUUGAAAAUCCCUUAAGUCACAUUU